CUCCCAGCGGCCCGGGGCCCAGUACGUGCGACCCAUCCCACCCGCCGCUGCCGCCGCUGCCGCCGCGUGUUCGCCGAGGACCUGUUGACUCGCCGUGCACCAGUGUGGCGUGAAGAGGACCGCUCAACCAGUGUCCGAUAAAGCAGGCGAAGCGUGCGAAGCAGGCACCCCUAGGCCGCCCCGUCGUCGCGUCGCCGCUCCGGACCGCGAGUUGAAAACAAGUGCAUGCCGGCCGCCGUGCCGCGGCCGCCUCCGCCGCGCCGUGUGUACAGUGCCGCGAGUGACUCACUGCCGUUAAAUUGUUUCUGGGAAACACCCCCGCCGGCGUGGAGGCCGGACAGGCGCACCAACAACAGAAUCUACGUCAACAACGAGGGCAGCCGGCGGUGUUGGGAACGGCUGAACAAGGGGCCCGCGCUGCUGGCCCAUGAACCCACCACCACCGCUGCCAUGAAGGAGAUCACGCGAAAGCUGCUCAAGUACCUGGUUUGGAUGAAGCCGAGUAAGGAGAAGGACGCGGCUCGUCGAGGCACAGUGGCCGACCUGAGGAACGCCAAGAAUGGCGGCAAGAAGAGGGACGACGGGGUGGGCGUCGUCCUCACCCCCGCCGUCAGCGCGGACAUCGCCCCCGCCGACAACACCACCGCCGACAACGCCCCCGCCAACAACGCCACCGCCACCAAAAGCCCCGCCUCCAACGCCUCAAUCGACAUCGCCCCCGCCGCCAACGCCUCCGCCAACAACCCCCUCGCCAACAAGACCCCCGCCGCCGACGCCCCGGUCGACAUCGCCGACAACGCCGCCGAUAUGAGCCCCGCCGCCAUCCGGCUGGAGGGCGCCGCCGGAAGCCCGCCACGCCAGCAGCGCCAGCCACGCCAGCGGGAGGUGGAAGUCAACGACCGGCACGACAACGACCUCAACAACUUCAGCAGAAGCGACGUCGAGGAUGAAGCUGCCAUUUUGUCCAGGGACUUUCAGAAGCUCAAUAUCGGCUUUCCCGCGGCUCGUGGGGCCAAACCGGCCACCCCGCACACAUCGCCCACCUCGCCCAUCCCGCCCACCCCGCCCACCAGGGUUCCAGGUGGUGACGUGGCGUCCGAUCCCAGCGGUGCAGAUGGCCAGGACGUCACGGGGCACUCCAAGUCCACCGCCAGUGUGUCGGUGGCAGGCAAGGACGACGACGAGCAAAAUGACGUGGACCCCGAGCCAGAAGAGGUGGAGGAAGAGGAGGAGGAAGAAGUGGACGACGACGACGACGAAGAGGAGGCCCGGGAGUUUAAGGCCACCAUGAUGAGACUAAGCCUCACCGUCAGCAAAACAGAGGUGCAGGACACCUUCCGGGAGCGAGGCCCCACGCGGUUCCCAGGCUUCGUGGCCAGGAACCACGGGCCCUACGAUGGCUUUCAGUCGCGCGGUGCGCGGCUCGAGGAGGGCGACGUGCUGACGGAGGGCCACGCCGUGCCCCAGAAGUUCGCCCUGCUCGACCCCGACUACGGGGAGCUCCUCAUCGGCAUGACCAUGCCGAUGCCCAACCUGACUGCCGAAGAUGUGGUUAGGGAGCUCGGUGGAACAGAGGUUGCAGACCAAUUGUUGUCUGAAAUUGUGCACAAUGUACACCACACGGAGACGGCGGACGACUUUCUUCCCGGGUACGACGCCGCGGAAAGCAGAUUCCAGCUGGCUCCAGACGGCGCGUCAGAUGGCCUCCCAUCGCCGCACCCCUUCAACUCCGAACUUGACUCCAGCGACAGCAAUGGCAGCGACUGCGUCAGCACGCGGCUCACCGAGAUCGGCCGCAUCAAGCACUUCAAGCAGCGCCUCCCGGACUCCAUCGUCAGCCAGCCCAGCCCCGACUCCAUGACGUCGGUGUCGUCGCCAGGGUCGCCCUGGUCCACCUCCACGGAGGGCUCCUCCAAGUCCUCCACGCCGCCCCAGAUGUGUCGCCCCGACCCGCCGCCGCAGCCGCCGCACUACCCGCUGCCCGAAAAGACGCCCCCGAACUUCGUGGACCAAGUGGACCGGCCGUACCACAAGUGGAUGCGGAGUCGGUUCAUGGGCAAGGCCAAGCUGGAGGGCUACGGCUGGGACAAGGCCAACAAGUCCCCGGAGCUGAUUACUCUGCUCCGGGACGCCGAGAGGACGGGCAGGGUGGACCACCAGAGGAUCUACGAGUGCGCGAGGGGCCACAUCAAGUACCACAUCGCGCUGCUGUACGAGAAGGACGACAACGAUAAGACGGCGCUCUACUACGCGGCGCGGCUGCACUUCGACGACCGGGUGGCGGGCUUCGUCGCCGAGUGCUUGGUGGAGGCGCAGGAGAGGUGCUCCAAGUCCAACAGCGGCCGCCGCUACCGCGUGGACGAGGAGCUCUACGACGAGGACAAGGACAACAUCUUCCACUGCCUGGCCCGGUGGCACCGGCACGGCGAGAGCUACGUCGCCAUGGCCGGCACGCUGCUCAGCAUCGCCCCGCUGGUGACGCUCCUGGACAGGCCGAACAAAGCCGGCCUGUUGCCGGUGGACCUGUGUCGACACAGCGACCUUCGUGCCAUGCUGGACCCGCGGAACCGACCCUACAUGCUGGGCGCUUCCUUGCUGCCCGUCAUGCCGGCAGCGCAGAUCUUCUUGCCUCCCUGCUUCUCGCAGCGCUAGGCCGACAGGCACUGCACGCAACGCCAGAUGCUGCGGUGCUGCGGAACGUGCCAGCUUUGCUUUGCUGUUACUACUUUUCCGAAUCGUCUAUAUUUGAUGUUGUUUAUCUAUGUUAAUUUUAUUAGGACAAACCUCGCGCGUAUGUUUGCAAAUCCUGUUAAGUGAGAGAGAAGGCACGAUCUAUUCUGCGCAGCAUUUGUACCAUUAAUCGAUGGUCUUGGGCACAUCACAAAACUGAAGAGAACUUGUGGCUACCCUCACAGAAUUCAUUAGAAGUUCGGAAACCAGAAUAUUGCAUCUCGAUGGGUGAUGUGCUGCGGAGCGCAUCCUUUUCUGUGACAAAAUCGUGCCGCUAUUAGUUGCAUGUUUUGAAAUUAAACUUUAAUUGGGGAGAAGAACCAAAUUGAUAGUCACGAAUUGCCUUUAUUUUUUACCUAAGCGCUAAUUGAACCAUUUAUCUUAGUCGGACAAACUAUCGUCAAGUUAAACUUACUGUGUCUCUCUCACAUAUAGAGUAAUUCUUUUGUAAGUGUUUUUCUGUUGCUCUCAAUGUAUCUCGUGGGAAUGGACUUUGUCGCAGAGAGAAGUGUGGCUGUGAGGAAAGAAUGAGGGACGGGGAAGCCUGGUCUCGUGUCUGUGAGUUGAGGGACCUCUAUCAACGAAAAGAAGGAUAAAUCAUGAAUUCACCUUGAAUAUUCUCUUCUAGACAGUUAUGAUUAUUGAUAAAUGCCAAGAGGUUACUUUAUUUUUUAGACGGAGUUUUAUGACGUACUUAAUUAUGCGUCUAACACAGCCAGAGGAAAGUGAAUAUGUACGCUGCAAAAGAUUGUGUAUUUUUUAUCUACGUGCAUUAGUCAUUACCGUAAUUUUGGUGUUUUCUGUCAUUUAUUAAGAGACGUGUACAAAUUUAGGCCGAAGUGGUUUGUUUAUGCAGUGUUCCGCUGCAAUAAUAAUCCGCAUCAUGAGGUGUGCUGUGCGCUCAAUUCAACAAUGUGAUGAUGGCCUGUUCGUUGUUUAGUAUAAGCGGUUGUGAUGUUGUACCAAUGUAUUAUGUGUAGACACACUAGUGUUCCUAGUAAGUGUGUGUGUGUGUGUGUGUGUGUGAGAGAGAGAGAGAGAGAGAGAGAGAGAGAGAGAGAGAGAGAGAGAGAGAGAGAUGAGCAAGUGUGAAAAUGUGUGCGUGUGCACGUCUACUUAAUUCUGUACUAUUGAAUAUGUGUUAGUUCGUUCAAUCAUGUCAUUUAAUUCUGAUUGGAAACAGACGAUCAAUUAAAAUGGUAGAAAAAAAAGAACUCGGAGAA